AUGAUGGCCGUGGAACCUCCGCAAAAAAACCUUGUUAGCGUACAUUUACCACCCUCGCCCCCGGAGACCAUCUAUGGCGAGAGCUCAACACCAGCCCUCGUGGAAUUCCCUUUGCCGCCGCCGAGAAAACCUGUUCAAGUUCUCGAGGCGGACAAGAAAACACCGGAUGCACACGUCCCGCGCGACCCAAGAUUAAUACGGCUGACCGGCGUGCAUCCGUUCAACGUCGAAGCCCCCCUGUCCGAUUUGUACAACGAGGGAUUCUUGACCAGCCCGGAGCUUUUCUAUGUCAGAAACCAUGGGGCGGUGCCCGAGGUCAGAGAUGAAGAGAUCCCGGACUGGGAGUUCACCGUCGAAGGCCUGGUGGAGAAGCCGCUGCGGAUCACGCUGAAGGAGCUCCUCUCCGACUACGACAACGUCACCUACCCCAUCACGCUCGUCUGCGCCGGCAACAGGCGCAAGGAGCAGAACGUGGUGCGCAAGACGCAGGGCUUCUCCUGGGGCGCGGCGGGCGUGUCGACGGCGCUGUGGACGGGCGUCGUCAUGGGCGACGUCCUGAGAAGAGCACGGCCGCUGCGGAAAGCCAAGUACGUGUGCAUGGAGGGCGCCGACAGGCUGCCCAACGGCUACUACGGCACCUCGGUCAAGCUCAACUGGGCCCUCGACCCCAACCGCGGCAUGCUGCUGGCCCACAAGAUGAACGGCGACCCGCUCUCCCCCGACCACGGCAGGCCGCUCCGCUGCGUCAUCCCCGGCCAGAUUGGCGGCAGGAGCGUCAAGUGGCUGAAGAAGUUGAUCGUCACGGAUGCGCCCAGCGACAACUGGUACCACAUCUACGACAACCGCGUCCUGCCGACCAUGGUGUCGCCGGACGACGCCGCGAACGAUCCGAAUUGGUGGAAGGACGAGCGUUAUGCUAUCUACGACCUCAGCACCAACUCGGCCGUCGCCUACCCCGCCCACGACGAGCGGCUGUCCGUCACAGCGAGUGGUGGCUCGGAGAACUACAGCGUCAGGGGCUACGCCUACGCCGGCGGCGGCCGCCGCGUCACCCGCGUCGAGGUCUCGCUCGACCAGGGCAAGACGUGGCGGCUGGCCAACAUCAACUACGCCGAAGACCGCUACCGCGAGGCCCUCCCGCAGGACCUGUUCGGCGGCCGCCUCGACGUCGAUUGGCGCGAGAGCUGCUUCUGCUGGUGCUUCUGGGACAUUGACGUCGCGGUCGACGAGCUCAAGCUGGCGGGUGAUGUUGUCGUGCGCGCCAUGGACGAGAGCAUGAAUGUGCAGCCCAGAGACAUGUACUGGUCCGUGCUGGGCAUGAUGAAUAACCCGUGGUACCGCAUCGUCGUGCAUCGUGAGAAUGAUGAUGUGCUGCGCUUCGAGCAUCCGACGCAGCCGGCGCUGAUGCCGGGGGGUUGGAUGGAGCGCGUGAAGAAGGCGGGUGGCGACCUGUCGAAUGGGUUCUGGGGCGAGAGGAUCGGGGGUGGAGAGGAGACGGAGGCGCCAGUUGUGGAAAAAGUCACCGAAAUCAAGAUGACGAACGACAAGAUCGAGAGGUUGAUCUCGAUCGACGAGUUCCGCAAGCAUGACUCGGAGACGGAGCCGUGGUUCGUGGUCAACGGCGAAGUGUACGACGGCACCGGCUUUCUUCAGGGGCAUCCGGGCGGCGCGCAGAGCAUCGUGUCGGCGGCUGCGUUGGAUGCUACGGAUGAGUUCAUGGCUAUACACAGCGAGACGGCCAAGGCCAUGAUGCCACACUACCACAUCGGAACCCUAGACGACGCAGCCAAACGCAUCCUCAGCGACGGCGAGGCCCCCUCAGAGGCGCCAACCGAACCUCGCCCCGUCUUCCUCGACCCCCGCGCGUGGACCCGGGCGACCCUGCACAGCAAGAAGACGGUGUCCUGGGACACGCGCAUCUUCACCUUCCAGCUCGAGCACCCCAACCAACUCCUUGGCCUGCCCACGGGCCAGCACCUCAUGCUGCGGCUACGCGAUCCGGUCACCCGCGAGGCCAUCAUCCGCGCCUACACGCCCAUCUCGCAGACGUCGCAGCGCGGCACCGUCGACGUCCUCGUCAAGCUGUAUCUAGAUACGAAAGAGCGCAAAGGCGGCAAGAUGACGACGGCCCUCGACGCGCUGCCGCUCGGCCACCCCGUCGACGCCAAGGGCCCCGUCGGCAAAUUCGAGUACCUGGGGCGUGGGCGGUGCAGCGUGAAUGGCGUCGAGCGCCGCGUCAAGCGCUUCGUCAUGGUUUGUGGCGGCAGCGGUGUCACGCCUAUCUUCCAGGUGCUGCGGGCCGUCAUGCUGGACAAGGACGACCGCACGCGCUGCACGGUGCUGGAUGGGAAUAGGUUGGUUGAGGAUAUACUGUGCAAGGCGGACCUCGACGCCUUUGCGGCGAUGAGCGGGAGCGAGGAGAAGUGUAGGCUUGUGUAUACGUUGACGCAGGCGCCAGAGGAAUGGGUAGGGAGGAGGGGCAGGAUUGCGGGGCCGUUGUUGGAGGAGUAUGCGCCUGCGCCCGCGCCGGUGGGGCAGGGGGAGGAGGGGAUGGGGGAUAGUUUGGUGUUGUUGUGUGGGCCUGAGGCGUUGGAGAAGAGCGCACAUAGGGCGUUGAAUGAGAUUGGGUGGAGGGAUGAGGAUUUGUUGUUUUUUUGA